UGAUGAUUCUAGAAGUCUCAGACAAUCCAGGAUUCAACUUGCCCUUCUAGAACCCAUGUCUUUCAUUCAAAUUAACCCUCAGGGUAACUGCUUUUCCAGCUGCUUUAUCUAUCCCACACCUGUGAUCAUGGAAUUCUUCUCUCGGGGCCCCAAGCCAAUCCAUAUCCCUGGCACUGGCACUGGGGGCACUGGUUUUGAGUUAUGGGAAAUUGGCUACUUCAGCACUGAGCGCAGUCUUGCCAAGAAGCUCAAGCAAAAUCCUUUCUAUCCCUUCUUUCAGCAGCAGCCUAAUGUUUAUGUGCUAGACUAUUACCAGGACACCUUGUGGAAGGGGACUCUGCUUUUUUUAGUCUGCGUUCUACUCUUGAGCCUUGGGAUUUUCACUAAGGUGGGCAGUCAGCAGACAUGGGGUUUCCCCGCCUACGGAAUAGGUAUUGGUCUGUGGCUCAUAUUGUCAUCAAUACCAAAGCGCCGCCUGAUCUUGAACCAUACUCGUGGGAUGUACCACUUCUCCAUCCAAGGACGCACUGUGUGUCAAGGACCCAUGCACCGUGUCUACAUUCGCCUUGCUGUGAAAUCUGAUGCCUAUGGCAGGUACUUCUUCCAACUGGUCUUCUGUGGCUACAAACUGGAGCCACUGGUGCUGGUUAAGCUGUCAGAACAUUAUGAGCAAUUGGAAUUCCUGGGUCGCCAUAUGGCUCGCAAACUGAACUUGAACUACUUUGACUGUUCAUCUUUGUCCUACCGCCAUGUUAUCCGCCACUGGCCACUGGGAUCUCUAUACAGCCCUGGAAUUACCAAACGCAACUUGGCUGGCUAUAAACCUCGGGUUAGCCAGUAUCAAGAUGAUGACGAGGCUUGAGAACAGCCAACAUGGAUUGUGGUGAAAGAGUGGCCCCACAGUUCCCAUCCCCCUUCCUCAACAUCCCACCCAAAUGUCUUAGGUCUUUUACUUCCCUGUCUAUUUUCCCACCUGUAGCCCUUACUACCCCUGGGUAAUGAGGGUUUGAGGCCUAUCCCUGCUCAUCCCCCCCCUCAAUAAAACUGGUUCCUCCCACCUCCAUAA